UGAAAAAAUAAGUGAACAAUAAUACGUGUAUUCGACAGCAUGCGUUGUAUUACAGGGAGUAUUUUGAUUGCCACUCUUGUUCUGCACGUCUAUGGCCGCGAUCCUGCAUUGAGGAUUAUAGGCGGGACCGAUCCUGGUGAUGAAGAUCUGCAGUAUGUCGCAAGAUUACGACAUCUUAUGGUUUUGGAUGUAGAAAAUCAACAUAUCGAAGAAGAUGAAAAUCUUUGUACUUGCGCUAUCUUAACAUCAAAUUGGACAUUGACUGCCGCGCAUUGUCUAAUCGACUUCACCGAAGAGCUUAUAAAUGUCCUAGAAUAUAAACAUUCAAGAACACCUUACAUGAUAUCAGCCAAACACAUGGUAAGUUAUGGUCCAUUUGAAAAUGACAAACAAGAUGUUAUUCGAUUCUUCAAGCAUCCUGCAUAUGCACGAAGUGCAUUGAAGUUGUCCAAUGAUAUAGCUCUGGUGAAUACACUACCGAUUCAUUUGAAAUUGUAUGGCCACUUGGGUGCAGUUGAUUACAAGACCGUGGUAGGACAUGAAGCUAUCGUAGCUGGUUACGGUUCAGAAUAUAUACCAGGACUUGUCAGCAAAUUUAAUGGUUGUUCUCCAGCAAUACCUUUGAAGAAGUUAAAAGUAGUUGUCGCAAAGUGUGGCGAGAAUCGUCACAUGAAUCCUUCGAUGUGCGUCGCUCGACGUUGCAAGCAACCAUCUUACUUAUGCAUUGGAGACAGCGGUGGACCGCUGAUCCAUCCAUCAGGUAUUAUCGGCAUCACCUCCAAGGGUCCAAAAGAUUUGCAAGGUUCCUGCAAAUUGAAAUCAUCAUCACCUGUUUUUGAUGUUGGAAUAAUGACACCAGUGAGUCCGUACAUUGAUUGGAUUAGCAGAAUAAUUGAAACGAAAGAGAUACCUGAAAUAGAACCCAAAAAGUCUAGAGACGAAUCCCUACAAAGAAAGUUGGCACGUUUUGAAAUAAAGAGUAGUACAGAAACAGAAGAAUCAGAAAUUGAUGAUCUUAUAUAGUGGCCCUUACAGUUGUAGGUUGGGAUUUUUCAUCCACGUUUAAUCGCGCAAUAUCUUGGUUACGUACCGGUAUAUUCAGC